AUGGCGUCAGAAAGCCCGACACAUAAGGCCGAGGAUUUUUCAAAAUCCGGGGAAAUUGACCUCGCCGCCCUUGAAAAAAACACGUCCAACUCCCUUGGCACCGUCGAAGAUCCGACCCAGCCGUCUCGAGACCUUGGGCUGUUAGCCAUCAUCUCCAUAGGAUGGAACAUCUGCAACAGCUGGGCCGGAAUAGCGGCCACACUGGCCAUCUCCAUCGCGUCUGGAGGGCCGGUGACGCUGAUUUAUGGCAUCAUCAUCAUCUUCAUAUUGGGGGGAGCAUGCGCCCUGAGCAUGGCUGAGAUAGCGUCCGUUCAUCCUACAGCAGGCGGACAGUACCAUUGGACGAGCAUACUUGCUCCCAAAUCUGCAAGCCGAGGACUGAGUUAUUGGUGUGGCGCGGUGAACGUGUUCGGAUGGAUCGCAACCUCAGCUGGAUUCAUCAUCACCUUUCCAACCAUGGCUCUAGCCCUUGCCUCGUUCUGGCACCCAGACUAUACCGUUGAGACGUGGCAUGUCUUCUUGAUCUUCCAAGCGAUGAACUUCAUUAUGGUUGCGUACAACAUCUUCCUGCUGAAGAGAACCAUUUGGCUGCAGGACGUGGGAUUCUUUCUUUCGCUCAUAGCCUUCUUCGUAAUAACAAUCACCUGCCUCGCCGAGUCCAACCCGAAACAAAGCAGCGAUUUUGUAUGGAAGGAGUUCGUCAACACGUCCGGCUGGUCUUCCGAUGGUGUUGUCUUUCUCACCGGUCUCGUCAACCCCAACUUUAUAUUCUCCGGCCUCGAUGGCGCCAUACACCUGGCUGAGGAGUGUACCAAUGCGGCAGUGGCUGUUCCUCGAGCUCUGGUCUCGACAGUGGUCAUUGGAUUCGUGACCGCACUGGUCUUUGCGAUCGGAAUGUGUUAUAGCUACCAUGAUUUCGAUGCCGUGCUUGCUUCACCUUUCCCUGCCCUUGAGAUCUGGUACCAGGCCACGUCCAGUCGAAACGUCGCGACCUUCUUCCUCGUCGUCCUCAACACCAUCACACUCUUCGCCAUCUCUGGAGCUAUCCAAACUGCUUCGCGGCUUACAUGGUCCUUUGCGCGGGAUGACGCCGUUGUCUUGGCCCCAUAUUUGAGCCGCAUUCACCCCAAAUGGGGCGUCCCCGUGUGGUCUCUGAUCGCCAACAGCGCAUGCGUGUUCGUAUUGGGAUGCGUAUACUUAGGCUCGUCAACAGCAUUCAAUGCUCUCGUUAGCACCGGUAUAAUCCUUCAGCAACUCAGUUUCGCGUUCCCUGCCGCACUGAUGUUGUACCGCCGCGCGACGGGGACUCUGAAUGAAGUGAUGCCGUUCACCAAGAUCGGUUUCAGGUUACGAUUCGGGGUUGGCCCAGUCGCCAAUGUGUUGACAAUUGUCAUGGCUCUGCUGGCACUGGUCUUCUACGACCUCCCGGUAGUAUUGCCGGUUACUGUUGGAAAUAUGAACUACUCGUGCGCUGUGAUCGGAGUGAUGGGCCUGCUUUCACUAGCCAACUGGUUUGGGUAUGCAACAAGGAAAUAUCAAGGUCCUAGGCUGGAGCACAUCAACUAG